AUGCUGAGGACAGGCUUGUCGGGGGCCGGGAAGACGUCGAUUGCCUUCAAGAUUGAGGCGAUUCUCUGCAAACACAAGAUAUUGACGUAUGCCUUAGACGGCGAUAAUAUACGGCACGGACUCAACAAUAACCUGGGAUUCAGUGCUGAGGACAGGACUGAGAACAUCCGACGCAUCGCAGAGGUGUCCCGACUUUUCGCAGAUGCCGGCGCUAUCGUGUUG